AGUCUUUUGAUUGUGUGUUUCCUGAAAGCAAGACCAAUCAUUUCAGUUUAUUCACUGGCUAAACUCUACUUGAUUGGGGACAAGCACACAAACCAUCCAUUACGAUCUGAUAUAUUAUCCAAACAAUUUAGUGUAUUCAUGAGGUAACCUAAAUGUGGAGGCUGCAAAAUUACCCGUAAUCAAUUGAAACAGCGAGUGCGCGUCCCUCUGUGUGUCUAACAACUACAUGUCUCUGUAAUAAGGCAGACAUUAAAUCAUUUUAGAGUUGUACUGUUGAGUACCUGAUCACUGGGCGCUCUGGGAAGCCGGACAGUCACAUUAGGACGCUGAGACUGAGGAAGCCGCUGCUUUUCCAGUGGGAUAAAAACCGAUCUUCCUUACUCAAGGUGCUUUACAGAUCCCCACCGAUCUGACCCUAAGCCGUGCAAUAUUCAACAUAGACUUCGUCUUCUUCUUCUUCUACUCUUCUGUAAUUUUUUUGUUAUCAUUGUUGGUUUUUUCUGUUUUGUUUUUAUUGCACUACAUGUUUGGGAAACAAGACAAAAUGGACGUUAGAUGCAGUUCAGAGACUGAAGCUAACCGGGUCUCGAAGAACGGACAUAAAGAGGGCAAGGAAAGCAAAGGGUCUGAAGGAAAUAUUUCUACUUCUUUUUUGAAGGAUCAGCAAGGGACUUUUUCUGCCUCUGCAGCUACGGAAGGUUGUAAUAAAAGUAAAUCUAGUUCGGCUGAUCCGGACUAUUGCAGGAGGAUCCUAGUUAGAGAUGCCAAAGGUUCAAUCCGAGAGAUUAUUCUGCCUAAGGGGCUUGAUCUGGACCGUCCCAAGCGGACCCGCACCUCCUUCACGGCCGAGCAACUCUACCGCCUGGAGAUGGAGUUUCAGCGCUGCCAGUACGUUGUGGGGCGGGAGCGCACCGAGCUCGCCCGCCAGCUCAAUCUCUCCGAGACUCAGGUCAAGGUCUGGUUCCAGAACCGGCGCACCAAGCAGAAGAAGGACCAGGGCAAGGACUCCGAGCUGCGGUCGGUGGUGUCCGAGACCGCCGCCACCUGCAGCGUCCUGCGGCUGCUGGAGCAAGGCCGGCUGCUGUCCCCGCCGGGGCUGCCCGGGCUCCUGCCGCCCUGUGCCAGCGGCGCGCUGGGAUCGGCGCUGCGCGGGCCCGGCCUGGCCGCGGCGGGCAGCGGCUCGGCGGCGGCUCCGGGCGGCGGGGGAUCCCCGCACCCCCCCGCGGCCACCGGAGCGCCCGGGCCGCCCCCCCCCGCCGCGCUGCACGGGGCGGCCGCGGCGGGGCACGGGCUGUUCGGGCUGCCGGUGCCCGCGCUGCUGGGCUCGGUGGCCGGCCGCCUCUCCUCCGCGCCCCUGGCCGUGGCCGGCUCGCUGGCGGGCAACUUGCAGGAACUGUCGGCUCGCUACCUGAGUUCGUCCGCCUUCGAGCCCUACUCCCGGACCAACAAUAAAGAGAGCGCUGAGAAAAAAGCACUGGACUGACUCUAAGUACCUUCUCCCCCCCCUAUUUAUAUUUAUAGUCUCUAUUUGUGGCGGUAUUUAUGGGACGGGCGGCCGGCAGCCGCCCCCCCGCGCUCCCCGCCGCCCCCGAGCCCCGCGGCGCGGCUCCUGCGCGGGCCGGGGCGGAGCGGGGCCCGGAGCCCGCGGGCCGGGAACGGGAACGGGGAGAGGGACUUUGGGAGCCUCCCCGGGGCCCGGCAGGAGCGGGGCGGCCCCCGCGCCCCCCCUGCCCCGCGGCCCAUCUGUCCGUCUGUCCGUACGGGAGAGGGGUGUCGGCCCGCUCGUUCGUCUGGGGAAGGGCCGCAGAGGGAGGGCGGCCGCGCUCCCUUCGGUCGCUUUAGCGAGGGAGCAGGAUUUCGGAGAGAGGAGGAUGGAGCUGCCAGGUGAUGCCCGUUUUCGGUUUUUUGCUUUUGGGUUUUUUUGAGGGGUGGUUGUUGGGGGUUUUCUGUUCGUUUUUGGUUUUGGGGUUUUUUUUAAUUGUUGUUGUGUCUCCCAGACUCAGUGAUUUCUAAGCACAAAGGUUUUGGGGCCCCACCUGCGGCCCUCGUUUACCCCCACGCUCGCUGCACUACAGUCCUCUGCUGCCGACCGAGCCCUGAGCACCAGUCAGGAAAACCUCCAGCAAUUUUUGUUUUUCACGGUAAAUCUUGAACGUGGGAAGGGCCGGAACGGACUGAAAAAUACAAUCACGAAGCGGGGAGACAGAAACCAGUGGCUGCAGAAAUUUUGAAUUAAAUUGUCUCUUCCUUCGAGAUAACACAACUGCCCCUUCUCCCCCCUUUUUUUUUCCUUUUUUUUCCCUUUGAAUUCCCACGGGCCAGUGCCGUGGACCUUAUCUGCAAAAACAAGUCUGCAGAUAAAUCAUGGAACUCGCAACUCCAUUUGUAUCUAGAUCUGUUGCGAUGGUAAUUCUUAUUUUUAUUGCUCUAUUUGAUUUUUCCGAAUAAUUUCAAUGUGCAUCUAAACACAAAAAACCCUGUAGCCUUCCUUGCUCCUAAAAUAAUAUACCCUCUCGUAUAUUGCUCACACUUCAUUUGAAACGAACAUAAAAUAUAAAAAGCGUAACUUUUAUUGUUAUUUUUGUACUUUAAAACACAUCUAUGUAACAACCUUUUUUUUUCCUUCAUAAUUCUUACUGUUAUUUUCUCCACGAACAUAUGUAUUUCACCUUCUAGUAUUCCGGAUCGAAUAUUUCCUGUUCAAUUUUGGUACUUGAAUUUGCCAGAAAAGGGAUGCUGUACUUAGCUAGUUCUUUGGGGAAAAAAUUAUUUACUUCGGUUUUAAGUUUCUUUUCUUUCUUUGAACUUUAACCCAUGGCGUUUACAAACUGUAUAAAUACGUGCCACCAAACUGUAACCAAAAAAGAAAAAAAAAAUAUGAAAAGUGGAAUGGUUGCUGUAGAAUAUAGAAUUAACUAUAGACCAGAACUGGACAGAAGAAGCUGGAUGGAAAGAAAAUAGUAAUUUUAUUGUAAAUUAUUUACGUCUGAAGUUUCUAGGCAACUAGUCGAAAAAAUAAUGAAUGAAUCGAGCGCUGAGCCCUUGCUACUAACUUUUGUUCUGAAUGUUUUGGAUAUUUGGAUGUUUUGUAUUUAUGUGGUGAGAGUGAAAUAUAUUAUAUCUAUAUGAUGACAGAA